CAAAUUGUUUUUAUUUUUAUCCAAGUUCACAAAGUUUUUAAAUUCUUUCAAAAUUAAAGAAAAUUUUAGUGAAAGUUAAUUGUGAUUUUUUUUAAAACAAAAAUAUAUUAUUUAUCUUAAAUUUUUAGUUUAGUAUAUUAGUGAUAAAAAUUUGCGAUUUAUUUUUGUUUGACAUAACAAAAUGGCAAGUGGAAUAGUUUGUGGUCGCCCUAUGUCUGGAAGAGGACGACGAUCGCAACGUCGUCGUUCAGGAGGACGUCGUUCGGGUGGACGUUGUCUAAAACCAGGUCCAGUGGGGCGUAAUCCUUAUUUAAAUUUCUUAAGGAAAUUUCGUAAAGAAAAUUGUGGCUUAUCGCCCAUUGAAACAAUUCAGGAGGGAGCUAAAGAGUGGAAACGUCUGAAGAAAGAGGACAGAUUAAAGUUUAUAGAAGAAGCAUUUUAUGCGCCCAAGCGAAGAAGGCAAAGCAAUAUGUCAAGCAGAGGACGAACCUCAAGACGUCGCACUUCCCGAAGAGCUGGGCGAUCAAGAGGUCGUAUAAACAAAUCAAAUUUAAUUUUGUGGAAAACUUUUCGAAUUUUCUUUUUUUUGGUUUUUGAAAAUAUAAAAUUUUGUGUAGCAAAAAUUGGCGCCAUACAGUCAUAUUUUGAAAAACCUAAUGCCAAUGUGUGUGAAAAUAUUAACGCUCCGCCAACAACCGUUCCCACACACAUAACAAUGGCACAAUGUACACCGCGUAAAACUACAAGAAUGGCUAGAAGAGGCAGAAGUGCCCAAUGUCCAAGAGCCUGUCCCACACCAACGACACCACAAUCUGUGGCUGCACCAGCAGCAGCUCGUUGUCUACGACCAGGUCCGGUUCAACGUAAUCCAUUUUUGAAUUUCUUACGUGAAUAUAGGAAAACCUGUUGUGGUUUAACGGCAAUUGAAACAGUGCGUCAGGGUGCAAAAGCAUGGAAAAAUUUAUCAAAUGAAGAGAAACAACGUUAUAUAGUAGAGGCUUUUUAUGCUCCCAAGCGCCGCAGACGUUUAGGGGCUAUGUGUGGUCCAGUUGGCCGUCGCACUCGUCGUGCUGGUAGAGUGUCAAAGCGUAGUCGUUCGGCUAUGUCACGUAGAGCUAGAUCUGGAAAAUCAGGUUCACGUCGUAGGUCUAAGGUGUGUUAGUUUGUGUUCUAGACUUUCUUUUAAAAGUGGUUUGUGCAAGUUGUAAAUUUAUUGUGAAAUAAAAAUUUGUUAAAAAUUUAA